AUGGAUAGAAUAUCUCUUCAGGGGUUGCUCUUCCUCAUUGGUUGUUUUUUCCAAACGUUCGUCACUGGGUCACCGUCUGUUGAGCGCGUCUGUAAUUUCACCAACAACUUGACGACAGCAAGUUGUCACACAAAAGACCUAAAGACCGACCUGCAACGUUACGUAAAAGAACCAAAGCUCCUCGUCGCAUUGUAAGUCAAAAACUUUUGUUUUUAUACCUCCCAUCUUUAAGAAAGAAAGCUUAUUGACUUCAAACUUGGCCUGAAAAUGGUUAGUUUUCAGUUUAGGGACCCCACUUGCAGAUGGAACACAAUAAGAUGGAGGAAGGGUGUGAAACAGGAAAGAGUGCGAGACAACGACAGCAAACAUGAAACGUCUCUCACUGGGGCAGCAAAUUGCCUUAGCGUCGUUCUUUAAUUUUAGCAACGAUGUCUUCGCAAAUCCUCUUAUCUUAUUUUGAAAUUUUUCGCUUUGUUCCAGCGUGGAUAGUAUGAAUCAGAAUCAGAGUCCAUUUGAAGAAAUGUUACUCGUUACAUUUGUAGGAUUAUAUCGCAUACGGGAUUAAGUCAACAAAUUUCUGGACUCGACUGUAUCAUUUUUCGUUCCGAUUUCAUUUAUGGCAAUUCAAGGAAUCUGAUCAGAUUACACCGAUUCUAGGAUAAUGAAAAAAUCUAACGUUGGUGACCCUGAUUUCUUUUAUACGCAGAACAAUCGUAGAUGACAAAGCAAAAAUUAUCCCUGAAGAAACGUUCGCCAACUUUUCAAAUUUGACAUUUCUGUAAGUAUCUUUGAUUAAAUUUUUCUAUGUCAGAGCCCUGGGUUAAAAUGCCCUAACAUAUUUACCCAACGCUUGAUAGCCAGCAUGUUGGAUGUGAUAUCCAAAUCUGGUCCCAGAUCUCAGAACACUAGUCAAGAAUGCUAAGUUGUGGCCUGCAAAACAGAACAGCUGUAUUGGAAAAGGGAGUGUUGGCUGCGUUUAAGAGGAGAUGCCUACUGUUCAUUAGCGGGAAUGCAGUUUCAAAAUAAUUUGGUAUUUCUUUAACCUUACCAACUCUAAGAAAUCUGGGGAGAAAGGAGGAGGUUACUGAGCUCCAAAUGGUACUCUACUGUAGUCGUUUAAAACAAAGUUCAUACUUAUAAAACAUCUGUUGAGUCAAAAAAACUGGUGUAAAUUUUCGUCGUAAAUUGGCUUUGUAUAGGAUAGAGACAUUUUCAACUAAAAGCGUUAAUACAACCCCGCCGAAACAGUAGGCCCGAAUUAGAACUCCAAUGAAGCAAAGAUUCGGCUUUGAUGAAAACACAACGAUAAUUUGAGAAACAAGAAGUUAAAUUACCAUAAUGUUUCCAUAAUGUUUUAUUUCUAAGGGAGGUCAAGAUUAAAUACCUGAGGAACUGGACGGGGAAUUUGUCUAGCGAAGUACCUCAGCUUCAAGAAAUUUCAUUUUCCGUAGAUGAAAUUUUUAUACCACCAGCUCAUGUACUUGAAGUACCUACUCUUCAAAAGAUUACUGGCCUGACAUGGAGUGAAGCUUGCACCAAUUGCACCUUGCUGAAAAAUGAAAGUCAUCACAACGUCACGCUUAUGAAAAAAGGAACUUUUGAUAUAUACCCUGAGUCAAGCUGUCGUGGCUCUCGAUACAAAGUCAGUGAUGUGACACGCGUGUUUGCUGAACACGGAUUCCUACCCGUGUGUGUAUUGGAAGAUGCCAAAUGCUUUGAUUCUGACGUGAAAGAAACACCCUUGCAUCGAUGCUGGAAAAGCGCGAACAGCGUUCUUUAUGUGGAGUAUAUCUUGGCACCAUUCAUACUGAUAUGCAAUUUCAUAGUAUUUACUACAACACUGACCUCAAAGACUCUCAGAAGAGUCCCGUCGAUAGUUCUGGUGGCAAAUUUGGCUAUGAGUGAUUUUCUUGUGGGUAUAUAUACUCUUUCAAUAACUUCAUCACGUCAUGCAAUGUCUUACCAAAGGUUCUACAGCGUGAUGGAUUAUCUUUGUCCUUUGCUGGGUUUCCUGUGGUGCUGUGGGCAGAUGUCCGCUGCCCUGUCAUCAGUGCUGUUGACAACAGAGCGAUACAUCGCAAUAAUUUUCUCCAUGAGACCAGACGUUUCUUUUACAUCAAAACCUUGCAUGUGUGGUGUGCUUGUUUCCUGGAUUAUUACUAUAAUUGUCGCUUCGCUCCCGUUUCUGAGCAUUGGAACAUACACAAGUACAACAUUUUGCCUCCCUAUACAACCUAACAGAGGAAUGAGUUCCUUUGCCUACAGUGCGGGCCUUAUAGCUCUUGCAUUCCUUCUCUAUACCAUCACCUUACCAAUGUACGUUCAUAUUUUCCUUUUUGUCAAGAAGUCAGGAAAUCAGACUGGUAUAAAGAGAGAUGGAAAGUUGGCAAAAAAGAUUUUAAUUUUGAUUAUUAGCAAUUUAUUUUUCUUUCUUCUCCCAGUUUUCAUUGGUCUAUUGUGGGUAUUUGCCGGGAAAAGUUUCGGUAAUGUUUCUUUGUCAACGAGGGAAAUUCUUGUUGGUUCAUUUACGACUCUUUGCUUAAGCAUCAACUCAUUUUUGAAUCCCUUUCUUUAUGCAUUUCGAAACAGGCGAUUUCAGUUUGCGAUCAAACGUAGGUACUACCGUGUCAAAAACCGCAACAUAGUAGCGGUUCAAAAUGUCAGCUAUCAUUCAGAACUGAGAACAAUGAAAGUGCGUAGUGUAGACAAAGCUAUGUAACAGAAAAACAUGUGAAGAAGACGUAAUUUAAUUUAAUCUGAAUUUAACUUAAUCCAUUUUUACUGCAUACAAGUCAUUAUAGUCAGACACUAAGAGAGCAGCGGGGAAGGACUGAGUAGGGAACAGAAGAACCAUACGAGCUAGUCCACCUACAUCAGUAAAGAAGCCUCUGCUGUUAGUAAGACAAGUACGUUGACGUCGUUGACAUGAACUUGGUCCAUUUACCACAACGUGAAGCUAAAAUAUCUAUUUAGUCGGCUUCUACCUUAACAACAACAACAACAAUAAUAAUAAUAAUGGUUUAUUAACAGUGUAUCCACCUACUGGC